AUGGCUCACAUCACCAUCACCGCCAGAUCGUCGAGUCGCCAGGUUGCCGAGAAGGAUUUUGUGCGCAGGCCGGCAUCCUCUACACUUCAUGCAUGUCUCGACACAUGCCACAUGGCAAGCGCAGACGGAGAACGGCCGGAGAAAGAUGAUCAAUGGACAAGAGGCGACAUCAAGAGUCAAGACGGCCUUCCGUACGGACACAGCAGCUGCGUCAGGUACACAGCGUCGAGAAAGAGAAGAGGACAAGAAAAGGAUUGA